AUGAAGUUCAGCGGUCUCGUUUAUCUGGCUACAGCAGUCCUGGCGCUCCCUGAUGUGUCCAACCCAGUUCCUCAAAACGUGCUGCAACCCGUGCAGUAUCGAGUGGCCUUUGCAGGCAAACAGGACGCGGCUGUCGUGUCUUGGAACACCUACGGCAAGCCAGGAUAUCAGCCGACGGUGUAUUAUGGCACAGACAAGAACCAACUGAACAGCAAAUCCACCGGUGAUUCCAACACCUAUGACACAUCCACCACCUGGAACCAUCAUGUUCGCAUCGAAGGUCUCGAGAGUGACCGUGUGUACUACUACCGUGUCGGUGGAGCUCCCGAAUCGGAAAUCUAUAACUUCAAAACCGCCCGAAAGGCUGGAAACACCAAGGAGUUUACGUUUGCCGCUGCCAUUGAUCUCGGGGUCAUGGGGCCUUACGGGCUGAGUACCAAGGUUGGCAAUGGAGCAAGUAACCCUCUUGCUCCCGGCGAACAAAACACAAUGGACUCCCUGCUGCAAAACAUUGACAACUUUGACUUCCUCCUGCACCCGGGAGACCUGGCCUAUGCGGAUUACUGGCUCAAGGAGGAGCUAGAGGGAUACAUUGACACGGGAGUCAAUACUCGGGAUACCGACACCCUAUUCAAGAAUGGCGUCCAGACUUAUGAAGCUCUGCUGAACACUUAUUACCAGCAGAUGCAGCAUAUUACUUCCUUCAAACCGUACAUGGUUGGACCUGGAAACCAUGAGAGCAAUUGCGACAACGGAGGAACCAGUGGAUAUACUGUGCAGACGUGUUUUGAGGGUCAGCGAAACUUUACAGGUAUCAUCAACCACUUUAGGAUGCCCGAUAGCGAGUCUGGAGGCGUGGGACCCUUCUGGUACUCGUUCGAUUACGGUCUGGUACACUUUGUGAACUUCAACACUGAAACGGACUUGGGAAAGUACGGGCCGGGUCCAGAUUCCGUCGGUGGAUCAGACAACAUGGACUCUGGCGAGUUUGGAGAAGAUGGAGAGCAGAUUGCGUGGCUGAAGAACGAUCUCAAAAACGUUGACCGGUCUAAAACUCCCUGGGUAAUUGCCAUGGGACACCGACCCUGGUACGUUGCUGCUAAGAAGAAGCACAGAUGUCUCGAAUGUCAGGCAGCAUUCGAGAAGACAUUCAACAAGUACGGAGUUGAUCUUGUGUUGCUUGGCCACCGACACCUGUACAACCGAAUCCACCCUAUUGAUGACAAGGGAAAUAUCGACCCCAACGGACUCAAUAAUCCCAAGGCUCCUUGGUACAUUGUAAAUGGAGCUGCUGGACACUACGACGGUCUGGACACCGCCAAAAAAACAGACGAGCCGUGGCUGGCUUACUGGCAGGACACUCAGUACGGCUGGUCCAAAUUUACUGUCCACAAUGCCACUCAUCUGACUCACUCUUUUGUGGUGUCAUCAGACAACUCUCUGCUCGACACUCAGACUCUGUACAAGAGUCGAGGUCAGGCAAUUACAAAGCGACAGGUUAAGAAAGAUAAGACUUCCGCAGCCAAUGCUCUUUCAAUUGGUAGGUUUGUCAUAGUUGCCUUUUUCUUGGCCUUCUUCUUCUAG